AUGUAUGUCACUGUGGUGUGUAAGAAGACGCGUGAAGUUUUACUUUGGAACAAUGCGUAAAUCGGAGUAACAGGCAUGAAUGGACCAGGAAAAACGCGGUGAAAUAAUAGCAAACUCAUUGGACGAGCGGAAGGCGGGCUAUCCUCCUAUUCCUCCCACUUACCCCUGCCCUCCCUGCGUUGAUCUGUACAACAUAUGAAUAGGCACUAACAUAUUGUGGAGCAUAUCUAUGUUGGCGCGUAGUACUGUUAUAUCUGUGAACAUUAUUAAUGUUUACACUGACGGAAAACUUUAAAGCAAAAUGCGCACACAUGUUUUAAUAAUGUGUCAGUGAAUAGUGUAGUUGUAUUACAUUUCUCUGUUUUAAUUCACUAAUUGAAGGCUGUAGGAAUGGAUACCCGUUCUGUUCGGGUUUUUGCUUAGGGUAACUGAGGGCUUUGUUGUGACAAUAAAAGCAUCACGACUGGUAGUACCCUGUUGUAAAAGGAUACGAUGCCUGACUCAUCAGCGGUGUCUCCUCCGUCCUAACACUGUUUGCAGGUGUGAUACGGAAGGCACCUUUGUUGUUGUUUGAGGAGGAGCAUCUUUGUGCAAAUCAUCACGGGAACAUAACAUUAAAGAUCCGACACGAACUCUUGCCUUUAGAGGCAAAUAAACAACCGGGCGACGGACUAUGGUGGCAGAGAUGAUAAGUUUUGGAGACAACACGAAUCUGGAGGAAGGAGAUGAGAAGGUCCUCCCUCCAGACCAAAAAGAUAGCCCACCUGAGUCAGAGAACAGUGCAUCAGAGGUUUCAACUGAGGGGAGCUCAUCAGAGCAGGAGGAGGAGGAGGAGGAGGAGGAGGAUCGUGGUGCUAAUGACACACACCAUGGUAAGCACAGAGGUUCACUUGGACCUAAUGAUGAAACAGGGACUGUUCCAAAUGUGCAGGUUUCAAUGGCCCGCUACUUCUGUGUGUAGCGUGUCACGUUCUCUGUAAGUAUUGAAUUUGUGUUGUC